AUGAAGAAAUUAUUAGCCACACUUGCGUUGGCUGUCUGCACCCUGGCAGCUGCACAGGCACAACAAAAUGACAAAAUGAGUAUCGGGCAGAAAGCGCCUGAGCUUGCAUUUUCCAAUCCUGAAGGCAAGACACUUAAAUUAUCUGAAGUAAAUAAAGGCCGUGUUAUCCUACUCGAUUUCUGGGCUUCGUGGUGUGGUCCCUGCCGCAGGACCAGUCCGCAGCUGGUAGCGAUGUACAAUAAGUAUAAAGAUCAGAAGUUUAAGGGUGCCAAGAACGGUUUUACCAUCGUCAGCGUAUCUCUUGACCAAGAGAAAAAUGCCUGGAUCAAAGCCAUUGCCGAUGACAACUAUACCUGGCCCUACCAUAUGAGCGACCUGGGCGCAUGGCAGUCUAAGGCCGCUGAAAUUUAUGGCGUACAGUUUAUUCCGCAAGCUUUCCUGCUGAGCCCUGAA